AUGAGGCAGGCUGGAGUUCAAGGAGCUGGACUAUUGAGGCAGGCUGGAGCGCCUGGAGCUGGACUACUGGAGGAGGCUGGAGCGCCUAGAGCCGAACUGCUGGGGCAAGUGGAAUACGAAUGGUACUUCAAAGAGGAUGACGGAUCGUGGUUAAAGUUUGGCUCCAGAGGUAAUCCCAACAUCAUAGGUACUCUGGAAAGACAAUAUCUGUCUAACCCAUCAACCAACUUCAAAUUCACUAUCGGAAGCCAGUCGUACGUAAUCAAUUUCACCAACAUUACUCAAACCAACACAUCGACUGGCAAAGUACGAGAAGUACGUAGGCUUAAGCAGCACGCAUCCACGACAGGUGGGGCGCUUGGUUCAUCAUCUACGUCAGCAUCAACUAAGUUGUUCACUGAAAUCCCCUUUGGACAAACGAGUUACGCGACACCCCUUGAAGCAAACCAUGCUGACUACACCUAUGUUCUGUACCUGCUGAGGUCCACAAAUUGUCAACCCCGUAACAUCUUCAAAGUGAACAACCCCUACCUCAAAGCUGCGUUUUAUAUCAAGAAGGCUCAACUUCAGAGUCAAUAUCCAGGUGUUCCGUACAGGGAAGAGUGCCUCUUUCACGGAACGAAAACUGCCAACGUCAAAGCCAUCCUGGAAGAAAACAUUGACUGGAGACUUCAUGGAUCCAACGUAGGUCAAGUGCAUGGAAGAGGAGCGUAUUUCUCUAACAAUGCACAAUUAUCUCGCCGCUACGGGCAAGUCAUCUUCAUCUGCAAGGUGCUCGUGGGUCUCACCGCCCCCGGCAACCGCAAGACCGUCAAGCCUCCAAAAGACGGAUCCAACCGCCCUAUCGACACCACGGUCAAUCACCAAGCCAACCCGACCAUUUUUGUCAAGUAUGAUUCUCAGGAGUACUACCCUGAGUACUACGCGGUGUGUUGAGGUGCCUAACCCCACGCAAGAGUACCACAUGGAGUGGUGCUCCACAAGACCACAGGAGUACCACAUGGAGUGGUGCUCCACAAGACCACAGGAGUACCACAUGGAGUGGUCCACAAGACCACAACUGACCACACAUGGCUCCCAUAUGACCCACUCGAAGAGACUGGCGGCAUGAAGUUUCUGCAUGUUCAAUUUAUUACUCAUAAUUUCACGUGUGACUACUCAAUAGUUUAUAAUAAUGGAUUUCCUAGUUCCUUUUUUUGCCUUUUUAUUAGGUUCAAUCAAAGCAACUUGUACGUGUUUUGUUCUGACAGGAAGGUUCAGGUCAUAGCUAUGGUGGCGAA